GCGGCGGCUGGCCCAGGAGGAAGAAGUCGAGCCCAAGCUAUUUCCGGUUCCGGUGUCAGUUCGAGGCGCCGCCGCCGCCGCCGCAGCCGCCGGAGCCGCAAUGCCUAAAGGAGGAAGAAAGGGAGGCCACAAAGGCCGGGCGAGGCAGUAUACAAGCCCUGAGGAGAUCGACGCGCAGCUGCAGGCUGAGAAGCAGAAGGCCAGGGAAGAAGAGGAGCAAAAAGAAGGUGGAGAUGGGGCUGCAGGUGACCCCAAAAAGGAGAAGAAAUCUCUAGACUCAGAUGAGAGUGAGGAUGAAGAAGAUGACUACCAGCAAAAGCGCAAAGGCGUUGAAGGGCUCAUCGACAUCGAGAACCCCAACCGGGUGGCACAGACAACCAAAAAGGUCACACAACUGGAUCUGGACGGGCCAAAGGAGCUUUCGAGGAGAGAACGAGAAGAGAUUGAGAAGCAGAAGGCAAAAGAGCGUUACAUGAAAAUGCACUUGGCCGGGAAGACAGAGCAAGCCAAGGCUGACCUGGCCCGGCUGGCCAUCAUCCGGAAACAGCGGGAGGAGGCUGCCCGGAAGAAGGAAGAGGAAAGGAAAGCAAAAGACGAUGCCACAUUGUCAGGAAAACGAAUGCAGUCACUCUCCCUGAAUAAGUAACCGCGACCCGUGGGAGGAGAUGCCGGGGACCUGGGCCGCGCUGCCAGGACCUCUGCUGUGUCUCGCCCACCCUGUGCCCUGGCGCCGCUGCAACAGCCCCUCAUGGCCAGGAGCCCCCCAUGGCCUGGGGCCUCCUCUUCAUCUUGGCACAGAAAUUGUUUGGGGGAUGUGGGGGGGGGGGGCUGGGGGAGGGGUAGCUGCUAUCUUUGAGACAGAAAGAUGCAGGACAGCAUUUCAUAUGUAACCAUUUGAAUGUUUUUAGAAUUCAGAGCCCUUGCUGGGGGGUGCCUGGGAGAUGGGGUAAGAAGAGCUUUCAUUUGUCUGGUAGAUAGAUAGCAUGUAAGGGGGUGGUUGUCCCAGGAGGCAGCUGCUGACAGGUUUGCUACACCCAGCCCCGGACUGUGUUGCCUGGGUGCUCAUUCAGAGAGGGGCUGUCAUCUGGGAGCCUGUGCCCCUGGGUCCUCGAGGGUCAUGGCUUGUCCCUGGUCAGUCCUGUCUGACUGACCUCAGGGCCUCACCUCUCUGCCCUUCCCUGCCCGGUUCCUACUCACCUGGCUAGGGCCAGUGCCCAUUUUCAACCCUACCCAUUGAUCAUUUCAAGAAACCUCUGUUUACUGUGUGGCACCCAGGCAAAACAUGCUCCACAAAUUCAACUUGUAUAUUUGGCAGAUUAAACUUGACAUUAUCGUAA